UGAAUUCACAACCAAUUGAUUAUUCAUUCAAACAAUCGCUUCAUUUGAUCGCAAAAAUGCCUAAAAAGAGGAAACACUUGAAGACAUCACUCGAGACCACAGAUGACGGCAAUGAAGACAACAGACGACACCCAAAGAUUUACGCGAAGAACUCAAUGGACAGAUUCGGCGAUGAUUUGUGUCAACUAUUAUUGUCUUAUCUCUCACUCGAAGACUGUUUUCAAUACGAAUGUGUGUCCAAACAGUUCCAGAGGACAGUCUUCGAGAGCGUUGAUUGCAUUGAAAUUUAUAACGAAUUGGUUAACAAAGUAAUAAAUAGAGAGACAAUUGACGCCAAAAAGUUGGUCACAAUCGCCAAAAAGUGUCCAAACAUUCAGACCAUUGACUGUCGAGGAAUAACCACCAGAUAUGAAGAAUAUAUUGGGAAAGUGUUGACCGCAUUUCUAUACAAUUGCCGGCAUUUGCGAGACAUUUGCGUCAAUAUCAGGAGGAAUAGCGCGAAAAUGAAGCAAUCGUUGGAACGGAUGGUCACACAUAUCGACACUUUUGAUUGGCUUCAGAAGCGAUCACUCAUUCAUUACCGCCGAUUAUCACAUUUACGCGUCCACUCGUUGUCCGAAGUGUUUAACAAGCAUUUCAAACUAUUACUGGUUUGGAAUUUACACUCAUUUUCAUUUCAUUAUUCGAGUUUCAGCUGGAAAUUCGAUAAUAAGGAACUGUUGUCUGAAUUCGUGGCACACAAUCAGUCCCUCACGAGUGUUGUCCUCCGUGUCGGAAGUUGGUAUGAACUCCAAAAUGGCGUUCAACACAUUCCUCCCGAAUUGGGCCAACAAUUGUCACGAUUAACACAAUUACGGCGAUUGAAACUUAAAUUGGACUCAAUUAAUGACAAUAACUCAUUGUCUGAGUUCUUGCGUACGAUUGGCAUAAACUGCAAACAAGUGAAACGAUUGUCACUUCUAUUGGAUUCACCGAAAAACCGAUUGACAGGAAACACAUUGAAUUGUUUACAAUAUUAUCGUCGCUUAAAUCGUUUGAAUUUAACACUCGUUGCGGACAUCGAUAAUGAUUUGUUGGAACCGUUGAGUCUCUGCCACCGAUUAACACACCUAUCGUUGGAUAUGAAGCAAAUGAGUGGCAAAUUACUGGAUAAUUGUGGUAAACAUUUACCACGACUUCAAUACCUGUCCAUCAAAACUAAGUCAAUCAGUGGCGAGCAUUUGUCACACAUCUCAAGACUACCGGUGCUGCAAACGCUCGCCAUUAAAGUCCAGUCAAGCAAACUCUGGGAAAAGGAUUUCUCGGAUCUGUUGUCCCGAAAACCUAAACUAAAACAUAUUUUGUUUCCCACCAGUGAUCAAAUCCCGUACCGCACUGUCAGUCCAUCAAUAUCUCCAAUUAAACCAUCACUUUCUAUGUUAAUCGCUGACCACUUCUGA